GGGACGAGUGCGCCUAGGGGCUGGGAGAGGCGGCCGCGCCCUGGACUUGCCACAAGGAGGAGGACCAGACCCUGGGCCCCGGCGCCCGGCAGCUCCCUGACGCACCCAUCCGCUGGCCGCGGCCAUAGCCUCGCGCGGCACUCAGUCCUCUGCCUUUGGUCCUCCGGCGGCCGGCGCACGAGGUCCUUGCCACCCGGCUCCCACCGCCGACUCUCCCGGUCUUCCUCCUCCUCCUUUCUCCCUGCCUCCCACCCGCCCCCUUGCCUGUCCCUCUGCCUCCUCCGCAGCCCCGCUGCCGUUGGGUCGCCGAGCUCACAGCGAUUGAUUGAUUGAUGUUUAAUUUCCUGCCAGGCGGGGCCCCUCUCCCCCCGCAACCUCCCCAGCCCUCCACCCCGCCCCCCACUCCGCUCCUUCAUAGCGGUGGAUCAGUCUGGCUUGGGUUUAGAUCCGUCCCCCAUCCCCAUCCCCAUCCCGAAAUAACCCAGAGACUUCCCCUACCCCCACCCCAAAUUAUUAUUUUGAAGGCGCUAGAUCUGGGGACGGAAAGGGGGAGGGGAAGAAAUCGGAAACCGAGGACAACCCAAAAGGACUCACUUUGCCUGAUGACUCAACGCAACUAAUAAUCAUCUCCCUCUCAGUGUGUCUCUCUGCGGCUUGUCAGUGAGUCCGGCUCUGGCUUCUGGCAGAGGCGGCCGACAGGGGAGAGGUUGGAGGUGACAGCUUGGGCGGCUGCCGCGUUUUCUCCUGCGCGCGGUGCGGGGUCCCUGCGCCUCCUCGGCUCUCGGUGGCACUGGCCCCGCGGCUGCCGCCGCGCCUCCCGGAGAGCUAGCGGCUUCGCGAGCCUGCAGCCGCCGCCUCCCAGUUCUCAGCCCUGUCUCUCCAGAACCAGUCUCCUUUCCGAAGGUGUGAAAGGCUCUUUCAGCCUCCUCUCUCCCCUCCUCCGCUGUCCCCUCCCCCGCUUGCUCGGGUGCCCUCUGAGGAGUGCCCCCCCCAUCAUCAUCAUAACAGCCAUCUCCGCACCAGAAGAAGACACCCUGACCCAGGACCUUAAACGUUAGAACCCGGGGAAGAGGAAGAGACCAGGAGUAAAGAGAAAGGAAGACUAGAGCAGCACUGCGAAGCACAGCACCAGAAACUUUCCACCCUGGAUUCUCUACUUUUGCUCCAUGGACAGAGCCCCAGCCAGCCAAGUUUCAGACAGACCGUGAGCAGUCCCUGCGCGUUUUAUUGCGACCUGCCGGUGGGAACUUUGUCUCCGAGUCGGAGCAGCAUGGAGCGGCGGAGCGAGAGCCCGUGUCUGCGGGACAGCCCCGACCGGCGGAGCGGCAGCCCGGACGUCAAGGGGCCUCCCCCGGUGAAGGUGGCCCGGCUGGAGCAGAAUGGCAGCCCCAUGGGAGCCCGCGGGAGGCCCAACGGCGCAGUGGCCAAGGCCGUGGGAGGUUUGAUGAUUCCUGUCUUCUGUGUGGUGGAACAGUUGGAUGGCUCUCUUGAAUAUGACAACAGAGAAGAACAUGCGGAGUUCGUCUUGGUGCGAAAAGAUGUGCUUUUUAGCCAGCUGGUGGAGACAGCACUCCUGGCCCUGGGCUAUUCCCACAGCUCUGCAGCUCAGGCCCAAGGAAUAAUCAAGCUGGGGAGGUGGAACCCUCUCCCCCUCAGUUACGUGACAGAUGCCCCCGAUGCGACAGUGGCUGACAUGCUACAAGAUGUCUAUCACGUUGUGACAUUGAAAAUCCAAUUACAAAGUUGUUCAAAGUUGGAAGACUUGCCAGCGGAACAGUGGAACCACGCCACAGUCCGCAAUGCCUUAAAGGAACUGCUCAAAGAGAUGAACCAGAGCACAUUAGCCAAAGAAUGCCCUCUCUCCCAGAGUAUGAUUUCAUCCAUUGUAAAUAGCACAUAUUAUGCCAAUGUGUCAGCAACCAAGUGCCAGGAGUUUGGGAGAUGGUAUAAAAAAUAUAAGAAGAUUAAAGUGGAAAGAGUGGAGCGAGAAAACCUUUCAGACUAUUGUGUUCUGGGCCAGCGUCCAAUGCAUUUACCAAAUAUGAACCAGCUGGCAUCCCUGGGGAAAACCAACGAACAGUCUCCUCAUAGCCAAAUCCACCACAGUACUCCAAUCCGAAACCAAGUGCCCGCAUUACAGCCCAUCAUGAGUCCUGGUCUUCUUUCACCCCAGCUCAGUCCACAACUUGUGAGGCAGCAAAUAGCCAUGGCCCAUCUGAUAAACCAACAGAUUGCCGUUAGCCGGCUCCUGGCUCACCAGCAUCCUCAAGCCAUCAACCAGCAGUUCUUGAACCAUCCACCCAUUCCCAGAGCAGUUAAACCAGAGCCAACUAACUCCUCUGUGGAAGUCUCUCCAGAUAUAUACCAGCAAGUUAGAGAUGAACUGAAGAGGGCCAGCGUGUCCCAAGCGGUCUUUGCAAGAGUGGCAUUCAACCGCACACAGGGAUUGCUGUCUGAGAUUCUACGUAAAGAGGAAGACCCCAGGACGGCUUCCCAGUCUCUUUUAGUAAACCUGAGGGCCAUGCAGAACUUCCUCAAUCUGCCGGAAGUAGAGCGGGAUCGCAUUUACCAGGACGAGAGAGAGCGGAGCAUGAACCCCAAUGUGAGCAUGGUCUCAUCGGCCUCAAGCAGUCCCAGCUCCUCCCGAACCCCGCAGGCCAAAACCUCGACACCGACAACAGACCUCCCUAUUAAGGUGGAUGGCGCCAACGUCAACAUCACAGCUGCCAUUUAUGAUGAGAUCCAACAGGAGAUGAAAAGGGCCAAGGUGUCUCAAGCCUUGUUUGCCAAAGUGGCUGCAAAUAAAAGUCAGGGCUGGCUCUGUGAAUUGCUCCGCUGGAAGGAAAACCCAAGCCCAGAAAACCGUACUCUCUGGGAGAAUCUCUGCACUAUCCGCCGCUUCUUGAACCUUCCCCAACACGAGAGGGAUGUGAUCUACGAGGAGGAAUCACGGCAUCACCACAGUGAGCGUAUGCAGCACGUGGUCCAGCUUCCGCCUGAGCCAGUGCAGGUCCUCCACAGACAGCAGUCCCAGCCCACAAAGGAGAGCUCCCCUCCCAGAGAAGAAGCGCCGCCACCACCUCCCACUACUGAAGACAGCUGUGCCAAAAAGCCUCGGUCUCGCACAAAGAUCUCCUUAGAAGCGCUGGGGAUCCUCCAGAGCUUCAUCCAUGAUGUGGGCCUCUACCCUGACCAGGAAGCCAUCCACACACUGUCGGCCCAGCUGGAUCUCCCCAAACACACCAUCAUCAAGUUCUUCCAGAACCAGAGGUACCACGUGAAGCAUCAUGGGAAGCUGAAGGAGCACCUGGGCUCCGCGGUGGACGUGGCCGAGUAUAAGGACGAGGAGCUGCUGACCGAGUCGGAGGAGAACGACAGUGAGGAGGGUUCCGAGGAGAUGUACAAGGUGGAGGCCGAGGAGGACGCGGAGAAAAGCAAGGCGGCGCCUGCCGAUACUGACCAGAGAUAAUGUGAACUCCUUCCAGGCAAAGCAAUAUAUCGGUCCAAGGAUUUUCGGUUUUAGUUUCUUUAAAAUCUUUUUGGCUUUGUUUUGUUUUGUUUUGUUUUGUUUUAAUGUCUGUUUUAUUUUUCUUACCCUUAUGGCAUUCCUUUGUUGCACAGGAUACGCCUAUAGACUAAGUUCAGUAUUUCUGAAUCAGACGUCGCCUUGGCAAAGACACUAAGUGUUACACUUUUACAAUUGACUGGACCAUGGUAAUUCUAGUCACGGGAGACUCUGCCUUCAUUCUCCUUGCCCCUGGAAGAGACACCAGGCAAGUUCCAGGAUGGAACGACCCAAGAAAUAACGAAGGAGGCUACAAGUGUGUGUAUAUGUAUAUGUACAUAUCUCUAUAUUUACAUAUAUAUAUUAAAAUUGCAUGGGACAGAGAACUUUACAAUCUGAAAGAAUAGACUGUGAAAUGAGUUCUUAAAGAAAAGACUUGUUUAUGUAUUAAAAAAAAAAACACUUCACAGUGAGUCGCUUUGGCUUUUUGAUAAACUGCGGCCUGCUCUCAGGGUGGGGUGACUAUUUUUGAAUUCCUAUUUAUUUUUUGUGUUUGUCCCUGAUUUCUUUUUUUAAAUUCUAUGGCUUCCUAUCUGGCAGCUUAAUGGGUAAUUUUUGAGGUAUGUAUUUAACAAAAUAAAUCAACACUGCCAAAAAAGGAGAGAGAGAGAGAGAGAGAGAGAGAGAGAGAGAGAGAGAGAGGAAGAGAGAGGAAGAAGAGAAUAAGUGGAAAAAAAUCAGGGCACAUUAAAAAUGAUACAAGACAAAGUACUUUUAAAGACAUAAUGCACACUUAAAAUGACUCAAUGAAAUGACUCAAUACGUUCCGUUAUUCAGUUUGUCAUCACUGUAGUGAACAGAUGCAUUUCUGUGGAAUUCCAAAUGAGUAAAGCUGAAAUACAGUGCUGAGAAAACUUGUCCAUUAGUGCAGUCUCAAAAAAUGACUUUUUGACGUUGGACUUAUGGAAUUCAUACUAUGAGCCACAUUUUGUUGUGAAGUUUAUUUACCUGCUUGUGGCUUCAAAUCUUAAAAUUAUUAAGCCUGCUCAUUUAAAGUUGUUACUGUUGUUUUUUGUUGUCCGUUUCUGUUUUUUUAAAUAGAAUAUAGUUCAGUUUAAUGUUAAGUUAGAGAAAGAAGUUGCACCCAGUUAGAGGGACUCCCACCCAAAUCAGUCUCCAUCUGUCCCUUUCCCCAAGCAUUUCUCACUCCUCUUUCACUUUGGACUCUCUCUUCUUUGUACACAUCCCAUCUACCUUAGCCAAGGCUUUGCAAACCAUGAUCUCAUGCCUCGGCCCCUUCCCCUGCUAUGGCAGCCCUAACAGGAACCUGGUUUGGAAUCAUGCACCUCCAGGCAACAGAGUAAGUGAAGUGAUUUCAGUAGAAUCACCUACUCCUUGGGAAGGAAAUACUGUCCCAGUGCCCCACAUAGCAGUUACCUUACAUAAAGCAGAACUAAUGUCAACAGGCUGUUUCACGGAAUGAGCAUUAAAGCUGCAACCUACUAUAGUUUGCCAAAUCUCCUUCAUCUUCCUAUUAGAAACAGUAGCAUUACCUUCCACUGACAGUGAUCGCAAGAAGAGACCUCCCCUUUGGGACUGGCCUCCACAACUUCCUCCAGGCUUGAGAUGGCCACUCAGCAGUCCCACAUGGUUGGAUUUUGUUUUGUUUUUUUGGUUUUUUUUUUUUUUUUUGAGUUGUGUUCUCAUGCAACCUUGUCAAAGACCUCAUGCAAUAUCACUUUGAAAGUUAUUUUCUGUUUACUACACAAACAUUGUAAUAUAACUGUUAAUACUAUUUAUAUAUUUGAAAGGUAUAAAAGGCAGGAGUUAAAAAAUAAAACCUCUAUGUGUAGAUAUUAACUCAGAACUUACACUAUACAGGGAGAAGACAUGUUGCAAUACAAGCUAAUUCUAGCUGCUCAGUAACCUCUGGAGUUUUUAAAGGGACAUUUUCCUGUACUUUUUCAAAUACGAUGUUUAAAAAAAAAUUACCUUGACCUGAGCGUCAUGUAUCUUUGCAAAAAGAUGGCAGUUUGCAGUUCCGGCCUGGCCUGGCCUUCCCGUUUCUGUAGUGUGCUGCAGCUUUAAGCAGAAAGUCCAUAUGGUUGCUGCUUCCUGAUCUCCCAGUUACUCUUUCCAAAUUGUCUUCUGACACUGUUGCUGAAGUCACUCUGUAUACACCCUAGACACCGAUUUGUUGCCAAGCUCUUACAGGUAGUUCAUCGAUCGAUGGCAUCCGCAUUUGGUAUCUUUUACACUUCAACCAAAAAUUUAUUAGGUAUUUUUCAAUGCUAAGUCUUGCCUUUUAUUUUUUAAUUUCACUGCCAAGUUUGCAGUGGUUCUAAGUGAAUCUGUGGGCAUUUUAGCCUGUGGUCUUGCCAGAUCUUUGCGAAUUACAAUGCAUAUAUGUCUAUUUAUUCAAUAUCUGUCAUAUAAUAUCUAUUUGGAAGAAGAAACUUUCUCUUGUAGUGCCUCUUGACAAAGCACAAUUUCCCGCCUUUUUUUGUGAAAUGAAAAAAAAAAAAAAA